AGCAGUUCACGCAAGACACUUCAUAGCCGUAGUAGAGAUCGUUGCCGUAAGGAACCACGUCUUCUCCGACCAUAACAUUGUACCUGCCAAAAUGGAUAGUUUGUAGAUUAACUGUUUCUCGACAAAAUGCUCACUUGUGGAAAUUGGGAACUUACACUUGAUAAAACUCAAACAAGUUGUAAAAGUCGUCCAAGAGAUGAGCACCUAAUGCAAUUUGGGCAUUACACGUAGUACAUGUAAACGCAGGUUCUUCUUUCUCUAUCAAGAAAACCCUUCCCAUACAUGAAAUUUCAGAAAACUACAAUAAUCAAAUUCAAUAAUUAUUGUAUUAAGAAGAAAGAAAACAAUGCAUCAAAUUGACAAAAUAAGGAAAAAAAAUAGAGACAGUACUAACUGAUAAUGGCAAGAAAACAGUAAAAUAGAUCUCCAUGAUAGACCAGAACAAGAUUUUGAUGGAGUCUAUUGUGGAUAUAAGGUACUCACGUCAUGCUGAAAAUGGAAUAAAAUUCGAGGAAUUACUCAAGAAUGCAAUUUUUUUUUUAUCAAUUGCAAGCAGAAUGAUCACCAUUGCUGUGAUGCUGAUAUGAGCCUUUUUGUAAUAGAAAAAGAUAAAUGAUUUAUGGGUUAAACUUUCUCUUAAACAGAUCUUCUUGGAUUAAAGUUUACGUUUAGAAACUCUUUUUCUACUGAACAAUAAAGACCUUUAUAUAAGUCUUAAAAGUUUAGUGACAACCCUAAUGCAAAAACAAAACAUACAAAAACCUUAUUAUAAAACAUAACUCAUAAAGUAAAACACCAAAGUUCAUGAGCUAAAAGAACACCAAGACUCAUUAACUAAAACACCAAAUUGUGUCUUUUCUCCAAUAUCAUAGCUUAAAACAUCUCAAGUAACAUAUCGUUUCUUGAUGUCAUGACAUCAAAUUGUGUCGUUAUCCUAACGUUCAUGCUAGAUAGCGAUUUCACAGAAUCAUCAUCUCACAUCAAAUUGGAAGAGACAAUAACAAUAGAGGAUGCAAUGAUGGAAACGACUGUUAGGGGCAAGUGGUGGUACAUGACCAUACCAACACAAUGGUAGAGAAAUUUCCCGAGAAAGUGGAAAAGCUACUGACAAUGAGCAAGUAACACUGAAAGAAAGUCUUGCAUCAUCAAAGACGAUCACUUCAAAACCAGACAUGUCCUUGAUGGUAAUUUCAGAACUAUAGUAACCUCACCACAAUGUGUAGGAGAUAAAUACAUGACUUGAUAAGGGUUUACAAAGAGAAGACGAUUAGUGAAACUUGUGAAAGAUACAUGUAAGUUCUUAGAUGCCUAUCAAAAGUUUGAGCUUGAGGACAAGCUCUGAGUCGAAUAAGAUGUAAUGAUUCAUGACUAUGGUUUGAUCAGUGGUUUAUACAAAGUUAAUGUUUUAUUUAAAGAGUUUUAGUGUUUUAUUUUAUUAAUUAGGUUUUCAUAUUUUCUUUUUGAUGUUAAAUAUACUUUUUGCAUUAUAGUUAUGAAUAAGUUGUAAUAAACCUUACAAGGGUCUAUGUUGAUAAAUAGGAAAUAAACUUCUAAGAACCAAGAAUAAUCUGCAAGAGAGAAUAGGGUUAAAAAAAGAAAGCAUAAAUUUUCAAUCUAUUUUUUGUGUGAACAGAUGUUCAUAUUAGAUGCAUGAAAAUCCGAAACAUUAACAAGAAACUACACCAAAAUAGUCACGCUACGUCGCUAAUGCGCAAAAAUUACCAAAACCACAGAUACAUGCUUACUUAGAGAGACAGUAGGAGGAUGUAGCGGAAAAAAAAUCCUGAGUAAAAUCCAGCAAAUGCAGUUCAAUGUUUGAGAAAAUAUGCACGGGAUAGAGAGAAUCUACAAGUAAUGAAAGUAACAUUCAAAGAUCAUUGGAUCUUUACCUAGAAGAAGAAACGUCACUCACUGACCAGAGGAAGAGUUUCAAAAAUUUCCCGGGAUUUGCAUCUAUAAGAAAUACAGUAGUGAUUAUAUAAUUAAAGUCACCAAACCAUGGCCCAUAGCGCAAUGUUAAGUUAUUCUUUUAGAUAAUUUCGCAAAUACCAAAGGCCCACCAUAAAUGGUUCUGACUUCUGAGACGUUAGGCUGCUUAUAUAGAAAUUGAUUACUGAAUUAAAUAUCAGAUACGAUUUUGUUUUUAGUCAAACAUAAAAAAAAUCUUACUUAUUUUGGUUAAACUCUAUCCCUAGAACUUUAGUAUAUAUACGUAUGUUGAGAUCAAUGGAAAACACACACAAAAUUUUACAAGUCUUUAUUAUUUGCAAGUUAAAACCUUUUAAGAUCUAAUUAAAGUGAAAGAAACAUGAAAAGCUCCUUCACAUUCACCAUCUUAUUUUUUGUUCUUCUCCUUACCUCCUCCUGUUAGUCAUUUCCUGAUAUAAAUGUAUUAUUUAUAUUCUGUUUAAUUAACAAUUGAAUAAUGACUUUUUGGUGUGUUUAUUUUAUAGGUGUGGUGAUGAGUGCGAGGAUGCAAGAAAUAAGCCCAAACGAUAGAUUGAUACCUAUAACAUGCAACACCAAUCAAGAUUGUGCUAAGUAUUGCAAAGGUCCCAUUCUCAAGUGCACAUAUCAUACUUGUGAAUGCGUACCCGGAAACCCUAGAUGUUGCUAGAAACAUCCUCUACACAUAAUCUUAAACAUUGGUGUUUAAACUUCGUUUAUCUUUUCAUUGGA